UUUAAAACAUAUUGCACUGUUUUUUUCUUAUCGCCAUGGUUGGUAUGCUCAAACAACAAAGCUUCUUCUUGUUUGUCACUCUCUUCGUUGCAGCAUUGAUAUGUGUUAGCAAAGCUGUUGAGGUAAGCUUCAAACAGAACUACAAGGUUACAUGGGGAAGAAAUCACGUUUUGUUUUUUGACAACGGUAGAGAAGUUCAACUCUCAUUUGAUAAGAUUUCAGGAGCUGGGUUCAGAUCAAAAUUGGAAUAUUCUUCUGGGUUCUUUCGGAUGAGAAUUAAGAUACCUACCAAGGAUUCACUAGGAGUUGUUACAGCUUUCUAUCUUACUUCAAAGGCAUUUGCACACUUGGGAGGGAAACAUGAUGAGAUUGACUUUGAAUUCUUGGGCAACAAAGGAGGGCCAUAUACGUUGCAAACAAACGUGUUUGCGAGUGAUGAAGGGGGGAGAGAACAAAGGCAUAGCCUUUGGUUUGAUCCAACAAUCGAUUUUCAUACAUAUGGAAUCCUUUGGAACCAACACCAAAUAGUGUUUUAUGUGGAUGAAACACCCAUUAGGAUAUUCAAGAACAAGUCAAACAAGGGAGUGAGUUUUCCUUCAAAUCAAAUGCACGUUACAGUUAGCAUAUGGAAUGGGGAACCAUGGGCAUCUAAUGGUAAGAAAAUUGACUGGAAACAAGCACCUUUCUUGGCUCAAUUUCAAAUGUUCAACAUUCAUGGCUGCCAAUCACAUAAUCCAAGAAAAUAUGACUGCUAUUCUCCCCAUUUAUGGUGGAAUGGCAUGAAAUAUUGGGAACUAAACCCACAACAACAAAGAGAAUAUGAAGAUGUGAGGAGGAUACAUUUGUUGUAUGACUACUGUUCUGACAGAGGACAACUACAUAAAGAAUGUCAAAUUAGGUGACUCAUAUGAAAUCAAUUCUUAGUUGUAAAGAGAAUAAAUACUUUC